AUGGUGACCCCCUGGCGCUUCUCUCUCAGGGUCUGCUUGGCGCACUUGAGAGGUUUUGCGCUCAGAAAGGAACUCGGCCUUCUGAGACCCUCGGAGGGCUGUCGCAAGGCUAGACUCUGUUGGCUUCUGCUUGGCACUUUGCCCAAACUCGUCUCCACCUAUGAGGACACUGGCGAGGGGUCUCCGGAGAGCGCACGUCGGCAGAAGACCAGUUGGAGUGACCUGGCUGAAAAUGGGCCGCUGGAGAGAGUCCCUCCGGAGGGGCGGCUGGGCUGGCUCCUCCUGCACGUGCGCAUCUGGCUCAGAGCAGGGGCUCUCUUGGUGAAAUUCUUCCCCCUCCUCCUACUCUAUCCCCUCACCUACCUGGCUCCCAGUGUCUCCAGUCUCUGGCUCCACCUGCUUCUGAAAGCCACCGAGACCUCGGGCCCCACCUACAUCAAACUGGGCCAGUGGGCCAGCACCCGGCGGGAUCUCUUCUCAGAGGCGUUCUGCGCCCAGUUCUCCAGGCUGCACGUCCAGGUGUCGCCCCAUCCUUGGACUCACACCGAACACUUCCUGCGCCAGGCCUUUGGGGAGGACUGGGGGAGGGUCCUCUGCUUUGAGAAGCAGGAGCCGGUGGGUUCUGGCUGCGUGGCCCAAGUGUACAAAGCGCGUGCCAAUCCUGCCUUCCUGGAGAAGGACAGCAUCCAGAGACUGGCCACGGCCUCUAGACUGCAGCUCUCCUUGGAAACUGGGGCAGGUGGGGCGCUGGACGAGCUCCCUGCACGCCUGGGGAAGGCGGGCAGGCCUCAAGAGAGUCUUGCCGACCAGUCAUUUGUAGAAAGGCUGCUCUUCCCUAAAGUGGACCUGGUUGGAUCCAAUGCAUCCUUGUCUCAGGCUUCAGGGCCCACCGGUGAACAGGAGCCAGAUCACCUCGUCCCCGUGGCCGUGAAAGUGUUGCACCCUGGCCUGCUUGCUCAGGUGCAGAUGGACCUGCUGCUGAUGAAGAUGGGCAGCCGGGUCCUUGCACUUUUGCCAGGAAUCAAGUGGCUCAGCUUGCCUGAGAUCGUGGAGGAAUUUGAGAAGCUCAUGGUGCAACAGAUCGACCUGCGGUACGAGGCUCGGAAUCUCGAACUCUUCCAGUGCAACUUCCUAAAUGUGAACUCUGUCAAGUUCCCCACGCCUCUGCGUCCCUUCGUCACCAAGGAUGUUCUGGUGGAGACAUACGAAGAGAGUGUGCCCGUGUCCAGUUACCAGCACGCAGGGAUUCCCCUGGAUGUGAAGAGGAAGAUUGCUCGGCUGGGGAUCAACAUGCUCCUGAAGAUGAUAUUUGUGGACAACUUCGUCCACGCGGACCUUCACCCCGGGAACAUCCUCGUCCAGGGCGCCGACGGUCUUGCCCAGGGCCCAGAGGCGCGUCUGCAGCAGGUGGACGUCUGCGAGGCGCUGGCGGUGGCCGUGUCACCGGCCCGCUGCCCGCUGCGCCUGGUGCUGCUGGACGCUGGCAUCGUGGCUGAGCUGCAGGCCGCUGACCUGAGGAACUUCCGGGCUGUCUUCAUGGCCGUGGCCAUGGGCCAGGGCCAAAGGGUGGCUGAGCUCAUCCUGCAUCACGCCCGGGCCAGCGAGUGCGAGGACGUGGAGGGAUUUAAGGCUGAGAUGGCCCGGCUGGUGACCCAGGCCAGGAAGAACACCAUCACCCUGGAAAAGCUUCAAGUUUCCAGCCUUCUCUCCAAUGUCUUUAAGUUGCUGAUGACUCACAAGGUAAAGCUUGAGAGCAACUUUGCCUCAAUCGUGUUUGCCAUCAUGGUGUUGGAGGGGCUUGGCCGCUCACUGGACCCUAAACUGGACAUCCUGGAGGCAGCAAAGCCCUUCCUCCUAAAAGAACUAGUGACCUCCCGCUGA